UCUCCUGAUUCUGUUGUGUGUCUUUCAAACCCCGACGCGCCCGUUUCCUAGUUUUAUCUUCCUCGGUCUUUUUCUCUCUCCUUUCUUCGCAGCUCAGCAUGCAGGAGAAAGACGCCUCCCCGCCCGGUUUCCUACCUGGCUUCCAGCAUUUCGCCACGCAGGCCAUCCGUGCGGGCCAGGAGCCGGAGCAGUGGACCUCCCGGGCUGUCGUGCCCCCCAUCUCAUUGGCCACCACGUUCAAGCAAGGGGCUCCCGGCCAGCACUCGGGUUUCGAAUAUAGCCGUUCUGGAAACCCCACCAGGAAUUGCUUGGAAAAAGCAGUGGCAACACUGGAUGGGGCUAAAUACAGUUUGGCCUUUGCUUCAGGUUUAGCAGCCACUGUGACUAUCACCCAUCUCUUAAAAGCAGGGGACCACAUUAUUUGUAUGGAUGAUGUGUAUGGAGGUACAAACAGGUACUUCAGGCAGGUGGCAUCUGAAUUUGGAUUAAAGAUUUCUUUUGUUGAUUGUUCCAAAACCAAGUUGCUAGAGGCAGCCAUUACACCAGAAACCAAGCUCGUUUGGAUUGAAACCCCCACAAACCCUGUUUUGAAGAUGGUUGACAUUGAAGCCUGUGCACAUAUUGUCCAUAAACAUGGAGACAUUAUUUUGGUCGUGGAUAACACUUUUAUGUCGGCGUAUUUCCAGCGGCCUUUGGCUCUGGGGGCUGAUAUUUGUAUGUAUUCAGCAACAAAGUAUAUGAACGGCCACAGUGAUGUUGUAAUGGGCUUAGUGUCUCUUGAUUCUGAAAGCCUCCAUAGUAGGCUCCGUUUCUUGCAAAACUCUCUUGGAGCAGUUCCGUCUCCUCUUGACUGUUACCUCUGCAAUCGCGGUCUGAAGACUCUACAAGUCCGAAUGGAGAAGCAUUUUGAAAAUGGAAUGGCAGUUGCUCAGUUUCUGGAGUCUAAUCCUCGGGUAGAAAAGGUUAUUUAUCCUGGGCUGCCCUCUCAUCCGCAGCACGAGUUGGCAAAGCGUCAGUGUACAGGUUGCCCAGGGAUGGUCACCUUUUAUAUUAAGGGCGCUCUGCAGCACGCCGAGACUUUCCUCAAGAACCUAAAGGUAUUUACCCUGGCUGAGAGCUUGGGAGGAUUCGAAAGUCUUGCUGAGCUUCCGGCAAUCAUGACCCAUUCAUCAGUGCCUAAGAGUGACAGAGAUGUCCUGGGAAUUAGUGACACACUGAUUCGACUAUCUGUGGGGUUAGAGGAUAAAAAAGACCUACUGGAAGAUCUAGAUCAAGCUUUGAAGGCAGCGCACCCUCCAAAUGCAAGUCACAACUAGCAUCCCAGACCUGCUGUUAGAAGCUGCUUCCUGAGAAGAUCAGAUCUUCUGAAUAAUUGGAUGGACCGUUAAGGAACCUUUGCAGAAUUUUCAAGUGAAAAUGUUAAGGCACCUCAUUACCUUCCACGACUGUAACCUUCCAGGGAGCAUCCCUGUUAGAAACAGGUCCCUGUUUCCCUUAUUGCCAGCACAUCAAUUGUUUUAUUAUCUUUUAUUGCUUUUGGUGUACAUUUACC